GUGUGCAGCUCACUGGGGAAGGUGCCUGAGCAUCCUUGGUGCUUUAGGACCGAGUCAGAGUCCGGAUCCAUCAGAGUAUGGCAGGAAAAUGAAUGUGGCUCUGAGAGACGUGAGUCAGUGGGCAAUGUUGGUGAUGGGAUGUUGGUUGGACUGGAUGAUGCUGGAGGUCUUUUCCAACCUUAAUGGCUCCAUGAUUCAAUGAUGCAAUGAAGAGACACGCCGGCUCCAAGAAUCCUAAGCUCACCUCCUCCUGAGCUGACAGAUGCAAGCUGCAAGUGCGUUGGUAGCCACUAACCUGGACAGGGAGCAUGCCAGCUCCUUGCCCGGUCAGCGCUUCGCUUUGCAGAGCUGGGCAGCACUCACUCCAUGCUCUUCCUGCAGCCUCAGCAUAAGAACUCCCGGCGCCAGACCGUUGCAAAGACGCUACUCGGAGGCCACGCUGGCGAGCGACUACAGCCGCACGAUGGACAACAUGCUGAAGAAGAACUUCGUGGAGUGGCUGCUGGCCCGGAGAGAGAAGAAAAGCGACAACGUCAUUGAGCCGUACAAGAGAGAAGCCGAGUCCCACGGAUCUGCAGUGAGUGACCAACGCGUGGACCUGCGCAGCCACGAAGCCAAAGACUUCCUUGCCUGGCUCCUAAAAGCCAACGAGAAUCAGAGUUCUGCUUCUCUGGAAGGCUCAGAAGAUUUGAAGGAUGCUGUGAACAAGGAGUUUCUGACAUGGUUAAUGUCAACUGACCUCUGCAGACCAAGGUGAGCGGCUGUUUUGCCUAAUACCGAAGUGAAAAUCAUCUCUUGCAUUCCGGCACUGCACAAAGCCCACGUCCCACUGCAGUGCUCCAUCUUCUGAUGACCACUGAGUGCUCACACGGUGUGACUCAGCUGGAUUUCAUUGGAGAGUUGAGACUUGAGAGAGACCGGAGAGUUUGGCUCUGCAAAAGAAUCCUCAGCGAUGAAGUGGGAGGUGGACAGACAUCAAAUAAUGACUGUCUAGAGAAGGCAGGUUAAUAAAUCAUUUACUCUGCUUUUCUGACAAGAGGGGGUGUUCAUCAGAGCACUUUUUACUCAACAUACGUAAGUGUGAAAAGCAGAGAGAAAUAUAAGAAAUCAGGAUGCAAAAGGUUGAGGAGGGAGUCCCAGGGAGGCUCUAGGAGAGCACAUCAUAUGGGUUCUAGGGAACGAAGGCUGAGAGGAGCAAAGUCAACAUCUAUUAAAAACAGAGAUAUAGAGAAAAGCUCUUUAUGCUGACAGCAAAAGUUAAACAAGGAUGAAAGAAGGAUGGGCUGGCCAUGAACGGAGUGGGUAGAGGCAGCUCUGUGCUACACACAGCCCCGUGCAGAUUGGUCAGGUAACAGGAAUCAAGCAGACAAGCACAACGCAGAGGCAACAGCCAACUGCUGAGCUCGUCCUGCAGGGGGCUGUGUAACUGCAGAGCUCCCACUGCCCCGUCCACAGCCGCACUGAGGAGGAGGAGGUCCCGCAUUGCAUACGGUCCACUUUGCCAAUGGAAGAAAUAAAAGAUUUUUAGCCCGAAGCUGCAAUCAGAUGAAGCCUUUAUUUGGGGACAGGCGGGGAGAAUUUUAACUCAGUAAUUCUAUUAAGGAAAAAAAAAAAAAAAAGCGCGUGUCCUCCCAAAUAGGGUCGCAGGGCAUGCUUCGUGAGUUUGGCCCGCAGCAGUCCGAAUUGGACGGCAGGAGGGGACCGGCCGCGGGUUGUCAGGAGUUUAGGACCUGCCGCUGGGCGGUGAGCCAUGAAAGGGCGGCGGGGAGGGAC